AUGUCAGUAAUCAAGAAAGGAAAUUACAUUAUCACAGUCCAUAGAGUAGAGGAGGUCUACGAGCCAGUUGUCCCAGCUCGACAACUUCCCCCCGUAACAGUUCGACCAUUACCACCCUCAGUACUUUAUUGCUUUUUCAUUCUUGCGCUUCUAAUUGCAAUGGCACUAGUUGGAGGUUCAGCGUAUGGAAUUUACUAUUCUCACCAGAUACAAUAUAAUGUUGAUGAAAUAAUUACUUGUUCAGUAAUUCUCGUAUGCUCAUGUUGUUGUUUUUCAACUAUGCUUCUCUUUAGUUUUAUUAAAAUUUCAGAUCGAUGUAAAAAGAGAGCUAGUGAAAAGAAGAAGGAUUUGGAGAAGAAUGAAAAAUCUUCUCUGAAUGAUUCACUUCUCAACAAUUCAAACAUUGAUGAUGGUCGCCAAAUACGGCCAGUUUAUUAAGGUUUCUCAUUUUCUAAUUCACAAUAAAUUGAAAGUAAACUAA